AGCACGAAAAAUUGUACAUUUACUCGCAAGAUGUAAAAUUAGAGUUUUCGGCCGAGGAGCAUCCGAGUGGGUAGAUAAUCCGGAUUUAUACAGCGUAAACCCCACGAGAAAGCACGACCCCAAACACGAAUAAAUCGCAUUUUGGGCACUUUGUAGCCUAAACUGUUACCGACUUAAAGGUGACACGGAAAAUGUCACAUUGGUGUGAAAUGCUAAAGUCAGUAUGGGAGUGGGGAUAUUUCCGGGUGUUUAAAGGCUGCACGCUGUAAAGCCACGAAGAAGAAGUGCUCGCAGGGCGUGGUGGGAUACUUGUCUCGUUCACUGGAGGACUCCAAGCGGCGCCCGGGCUGGCUGCCUGCUAGCAGCGGAGAGGAAGAUGGCUGCGGCGGCUGAGGGGAUUUUCAGGCCAGCGUCUGGAAGCGGGACGCGGUUCGUCAUGUUCGAAUACUAAAGUGACUCCGCCGCGGGUCCGUUUGUCUAGAAGCGGCCAUGGGCUCUCAAACCCUCCAGAUCCUCAGGCAGGGGGUUUGGGCUUCAAUCACCGGCGGAUGGUACUACGACCCCGACCAGAAUACGUUCGUCAACGCGCUCCAUCUCUACAUCUGGCUCUUCCUGCUGUGUUUCCCCUUCACGCUGUACAUGGCCUUGCCGUCCACCAUGGUCAUUGUGGGGAUCUACUGCGGUGUCAUCGCCGCCAUGUUCCUGCUGCUGAAGACGCUCAACUACCGACUCCACCACGCCCUGGACGAGGGCGAGGUGGUGGAGCUCCAGGCCAAGAAGACGCAAAGUGGCCGAAGCGGCGCCGAGGGGGCGAACGACGGGCGUGGUGGCGGCGGGACACGUCGCCGAGACGGCAACGGUCCCGGGGACCCCGGAGGGGGGAUGGAGAUGACAGACUUGAUCAGGCAAGCGACACCCCCGGUGGACUGCAGUUCAAGGAAUUCUUCCAUCGGGAUGGAGUCCAAGCAGCAGAUGCUGUCCUCCACCUUGGGUAGAGCAACUGGAGCCAAAGAUGUGGGGAAGACCUGCGAUGACAUCAGCUUGACUCUCGUGGAGCGCUGCAGUCACGACCACGAUUUGCUUUCGGACACAAAGAUGUACUGCCUGGUUGCCAAUGACUCCUUCGCCUCCCUGCAGCCGUCCACCUCCUUGUGUCCUUCCGAGCUUUCCAGGGAAGCCGCAGAGCUCUGCACCCCCGCUGCUUGUCACUACAGCCUGUCCUCCUGCGACACGGACGGAGCCCCUCACGCGUCCACGCAGUCCUUUAGGAAAGAGCCUCGUUCGCGGGGUCUGCCUCGGACGUCCAGCUCAGCAGGUUCUGCGUUCCCUGACCCCGGUCUGCCGGACUUUGCCGUGUACUCGCAGGCCAGACGGGUCGGCCUCGACACCGUGUGCGAGCUGGAGGCCGCGAGGCCACACCGGACCAGGCUAUGCGGCGGGGAGGCGUCUGAGCGUGUCUACCGGCCGGACGGAGCGCCGGCUACCACCUCGGGAAUGGAAUGUUGUGGACACAAAGACACGCACAGGGUGUGUCGGUCUGCUUCCGGGGAUGCUGGAGAGGGCGGCUCGGGUCUGUACCAAGGGGACAUGUUGAGCGGAAGCGGGAGAUGCUCUUCUGCGGGAGGCAAAUCCCGCCGAGGUGAGCGUAGCGCAGAGAGCCUACGCAGCCUCAGCACUCGCAGCAGCGGCUCCACCGAGAGCUACUGCAGCGGCACGGACCGAGACACCAACAGCACCGUCAGCAGCUUCCACAGCGAGCAGACCAGCUCCACGCACGUGGAGAGCCUGCUCUCGCUCUCAGGGGAGGAGCCGCGGGACGGUGGAGAUGCGGGAUGCGUUCAUACAGACGCUAGGAUAUCAAACACGGGUGUGAGUAACCAGGCCAACAAGAACCCUCACGCCAACGAGCUGACUCUUGACCCGCCGGUGGAGACUGCGUCCUCUGCGGCUGCCGUCUGUGCCCAGGAAGACCCUGGCAUCAGGACCGGUGGCUCAGCUGGAGCAGAGCAGGGGGACGGAAAAGGUGGCACGUCGUCAAAUCUAGUACAAAGGACUUGCUCUCUGUCGACAGGCCGCAGCGGGCGGCGGCGUACGGGGAAGAAAAGGGCGAGCAGCUUUGACGCCAGCCGCCACCGGGAGAAUAAGCCCGUUCACGGGCUGGCCAAGCCUUGCAGCGCCGUGUUUACGGGCGCCGGAGAGGGGGACUCCAGCGACCAGAGCGAACUGAGCUGUGCGUCCAGUCUGCGUUCCACCCACCAUCUGAGCACCGACAGCUCCUCCAGCGCCACCUCGCGGGCCUGCCACUCACCCGAGGGGCGAUACCGUGCCCUCAAAGCCAAGCACAUUGUAACCAGCGCCUCAGCGGCGUCUGAGUCGAGAACACGACCUGGAGGUAGGCGGCGUGCCUCCCGCCGCGCCCUCAGCACAGGCAGCGGCAGGACGCACGCACGAGUGUUGAGUUUGGACAGCGGUACCGCCGCCCGCCUUAACGACCCCGCUCGCCUCGGAGCUCCUGUCGGGCCCCGAGCGCUUACCACCUCCAAGUCGGACUUGGAAGCCAAAGAAGGGGAGGUGCUGGAUGCCGUGUCCCUGCUGGGUCGCGCCUCCCAGCUGGAGUCGGUGACCCGCUCCAGGAACAGUCUACCCAGCCAGGCGGUGUUCUCCGAGCCUCUGGACGUCGCUGCUGCUUGCCUGCGGGCCCCUGGCGGCGAGGAGACGGUGGUAUUCCGGCGCGAGCGUAGCACGUUUCGCCGGCAGGCGGUGCGGCGGCGGCACAAUGCAGGGAGUAACCCCACGCCGCCCUCCUCCCUCAUUGGAUCUCCUCUCAGUCUUCAGGAGGCGCUGAGCCAGGCCUCCCAGCCAUGCGCUUCCCAGGUGAAAAAGCAGCCUUCUCGAACGGCGUCCCAGGUGACAGUGCUGAGCACGAGCGCCUCCCUGCUGGCCAGGAACGGAAGCGCGCACCUGGAUGUCUCUCAGGACAAGGCCUCUACCGUCGGCGCCACCAGCUUACAGGAUGACCUGGGAAAACUGACGCCCUCCUUGUACGAGGCUGUCGGCUGUGAUGUGUCCCUGGUCAACUUUGACACGGUAACCAGACGAGCCUCCAACAACAUUUGGGAAACGGACUCCCACCUCUCCAGUUCUACCUCAGUACGCUUUUACCCUCAUGACCUGCUCUCCCUCCCUCAGAUCCGCCUGAACCGCCUCCUGACCAUGGACCCGGAGCUCCUGGAGCAGCAGGACGCCGAUCUGAGCCCGGAUCGGCAGGACGCCACACCGGGCCACGACGACCCGGCGGCCCCCGCUGCUGCCGGCAAGGCCAAACAGUACUACCGCCUGUGGCUAAUGCCUUACCUGUGGGUCGGCUUACACUUUGACCGACUCACGCUGCUGGCCCUCUUUGACCGGAACCGUGAGGUUGUGGAGAACGUGCUGGCUGUGGUGCUGGCGGUGCUGGUGGCUUUCCUGGGCUCGGUGCUGCUGGUCCACCACUUCUUUGCAGACAUCUGGGUCUUCCAGUUCUGUCUGGUCAUCGCAAGCUGCCAGUAUUCUUUACUGAAGAGCGUCCAACCAGACUCCUCCUCCCCUCGACAUGGCCACAACCGUAUCAUCGCCUACAGCCGCCCCGUCUACUUCUGCCUGUGCUGCGCUCUCAUCUGGCUCUUCCACUACAGCAGCCUGAGGACCGCCUCGUCCCGCUUCACGCUCUACGGCGUGGCGCUGACCGGCUCGCUCGUCCUCUCCUCCGCCAGGGACCUCGUCAUAGUCUUCACGCUGUGUUUCCCCAUCGUCUUCUUCGUGGGCCUGCUGCCACAGGUCAACACUUUCGUCAUGUAUCUCUUUGAGCAGCUGGACAUCCACGUCUUUGGGGGCAACGCCUCCACCAGCCUCCUGUCGGCGCUGUACGGCUUCCUUCGCAGCGUGGUCACCGUGGCGCUGCUCUACGCCUUCUGCUACGGCGCCCUGAAGGAGACCUGGGAGCCUCAUCACAUCCCAGUACUCUUCUCCGUCUUCUGCGGCCUCCUGGUGGCCGUGUCCUACCACCUUAGCCGGCAGAGCAGCGACCCCUCUGUCCUCAUAUCGCUGAUCCAGUCAAAGAUUUUGCCCAACUUGAGAGACAGCAACCCUGAAGACCCUCUAGCAGAGGUGCAGGACCCUCUUCCCGAGAAGCUGAGGGCCUCAGUGAACGAGCGUCUGCAGUCGGACCUGAUCGUCUGCGUGCUCAUCGCCGUGCUCUACUUCGCCAUCCACGUCAGCACCGUCUUCAUCGCUCUGCAGCCCUUCCUGAGCUACGUGCUGUACGCCUUGCUGGCCGCCGUGGGGCUUCUCGCCCACUACCUGCUGCCUCAGGUCCGCAAGCAGCUGCCCUGGCACUGCUUCUCACACCCGCUGCUCAAAACCAAGGAGUACUAUCAGUUUGAGGUCAGGGGGGCGGCACACGUGAUGUGGUUCGAGAAGCUUCACGUGUGGCUGCUCUUCGUGGAAAGGAACGUCCUCUACCCGCUCGUCAUCCUCAACGAACUGAGCGGCAGCGCCAGAGAGCUGGCCGACCCCAAGAGACUUGACACGGAAGUGGGAGCUCUGAUGAUCACGGUGGCGGGCCUGAAGCUGCUGCGCUCGUGCUACAGCAGCCCCACCUAUCAGUACAUGACCAUCCUCUUCACCGUGCUCUUCUUCACCUUCGAUUACCGGCAUCUGUCAGAGACGCUGCUGCUCGACCUCUUCCUCAUGUCCAUCGUCUUCAGCAAGCUGUGGGAGCUGUUCUACAAGCUGCACUUUGUCUACACCUACAUCGCACCCUGGCAGAUCACAUGGGGCUCCGCCUUCCACGCCUUCGCUCAGCCUUUCGCCGUGCCUCACUCGGCCAUGCUCUUUGUCCAAGCUCUGGUGUCAGCCAUCUUGUCCACCCCCCUCAACCCCUUCCUGGGCAGCGCCAUAUUCAUCACAUCCUACGUGCGACCUGUCAAGUUCUGGGAGCGAGACUACAAAACCAAAAGAGUGGAUCACUCCAACACCCGACUGGCCUCACAGCUGGACAGGAAUCCAGGCUCUGAUGACAACAACCUCAACUCCAUCUUCUAUGAGCAUCUGACGCGCUCGCUGCAGCACAGCUUGUGCGGAGACCUGCUCCUGGGCCGCUGGGGCAACUUCAGCACGGGCGACUGCUUCAUCCUGGCGUCCGACUACCUCAACGCCUUGGUGCACCUGGUGGAGAUCGGCAACGGCCUGGUGACCUUCCAGCUGCGAGGCUUAGAGUUCAGAGGCACCUACUGCCAGCAGCGGGAGGUGGAGGCCAUCACGGAGGGCGUGGAGGAGGACGAGGGCUGCUGCUGCUGCGAGCCGGGUCACCUUCCGCACCUCCUGUCCUUCAACGCCGCCUUUGGCCAGCGCUGGCUGGCGUGGGAGGUGCUGGUCACCAAGUACGUGCUGGAGGGCUACAGCAUCACCGACAACAGCGCCGCCUCCAUGCUGCAGGUGUUCGACCUGCGUCGCAUCCUCACCACCUACUACGUCAAGGGCAUCAUCUACUACGUGAUGGUCUCACCCAAGCUGGAGGAGUGGCUGUCCAACGACACCAUGAAGGAGGGCCUGCAAGCGUGCGGCGAGAGGAACUACGUGGACCUGGAUGCAACUUUUAACCCCAACAUCGACGAGGACUACGACCAUCGGCUGGCCGGCAUCUCCAGGGACAGCUUCUGCGGAGUCUACCUGGGCUGGAUCCAGUACUGCAACUCUCGCAGGGCCGAGCCGCUGGACAGCGAGAGGGACUCGCCUGUGGUGCUGCUCUGCUUCGGGCUGUGUGUGCUGGGCAGGAGAGCUCUGGGAACGGCAGCUCAUCACAUGUCCAGCAACCUGGAGUCCUUCCUCUACGGGCUUCACGCUUUGUUCAAAGGAGAUUUCCGCAUCUCUUCGGCACGAGACGAGUGGAUCUUUGCUGACAUGGAGCUGCUGAGGAAGGUUGUGGUACCUGGCAUCCGAAUGUCCCUCAAACUCCACCAGGACCACUUCACGUCCCCCGAUGAGUAUGAGGAGCCGGCGGUCCUGUUUGAGGCCAUCUCCUCGCACCAGCAGAACCUGGUCAUUGCUCACGAGGGCGACCCGGCGUGGAGGAGUGCCGUGCUCUCCAACGCCCACUCGCUCCUCGCCCUGCGCCACGUCCUGGACGAGGGCACCAACGAGUACAAGAUCAUCAUGCUCAACCGACGCUACCUCAGCUUCAGAGUCAUCAAGGUGAACAAGGAAUGCGUGCGAGGUCUGUGGGCGGGCCAGCAGCAGGAACUGGUCUUCCUCAGGAACCGCAACCCGGAACGCGGCAGCAUCCAGAACGCCAAGCAGGCGCUACGCAACAUGAUCAACUCCUCGUGCGACCAGCCCAUCGGCUACCCCAUCUACGUGUCGCCCCUCACCACCUCGUACUGCGACUCCCACCCCCAGUUGGGACACGUCCUGGGCGGGCCCAUCAGCAUCGCAAACAUCCGAAACUUUGUUGUCAGCACCUGGCACAGAUUACGGAAAGGCUGCGGUGCCGGCUGCAACAGCGGAGGGAAUAUCGAGGAUUCCGACGCCGGGGGUCUCUCCUGCGCCGACUCGCAGCAGAGCUCCGUGUCUCAGGCCCCCCCGCACUCCUCCCAUCCUCGUGGCCUUGGCUCCAGCCAGAGUUCCCAGUCGGUCCAGUCGGGCCCCGUCCGCCACUCGCCCGCCCGAGCCUCCACGACCAGCCGGUCUUCGUCAUACCGCGGCGGCCGGCGCUCGUCGCCGCGUACGUCGGCAACAGGACCGGAACCGUGUCGCCGCUCGUCUGGCGGCCAGCCGUCUUCGCUCCCGUCUUCUCUGCAGCUGCGUCUAGGCUCCACCUCAGACCCGGCCGGCCCCGCCUCCUCCCUCUCCGGCCAUAGUGUCCCCCCGUGUAAGCGCCACACACUAGCGGGCCUCGUGACGGAUCCCCUCGGCCAGCAGCAUCUUCACCACCAUCAUCAUCAUCAUCACCCGCAGCAGCACAACCCCGCGGUGUCCUCCGUCAGGAGGGACGACAUCUCCUACAGAGUACAGAUUACGGACCCCGGUCAGGUGCUGGAGAACAUCAACGUGUCCAAACGCAAAGAACUCCAGUGGCCUGACGAGACGCUGAGACUGAGGGCGGGGCGCACCUGCUGGAGGGACUGGAGCCCCCAAGAGGGCAUGGAAGGACACGUCGUUCACCGCUGGGUGCCCCGCUGCCGAGACCCGGCCAAGCGUUCCCACACGGACAAGACCAUCCUGCUGGUUCAGGUGGAAGAUAAGCUGGUGCCCAUCAUGGAGACCGGCGUCAUCGAACUGGGAGCCGAGGUUUGACGGGAAAAAAACCAAACAAAAGGCAAGCGUCAUGGCCCGACCAUCUUCCUCCUCAUCUUCCUCCUCCCGCACCGCCUGCCUUGCUUUGCCAAAAUGCUGCAUGACGCUUCAACGUUGCUUCUUUUCUAUGCACCUCAUUCGACACGUCUGUGGAGGGGCGGAGAAACAUGGCGGCCGUAAGGCUUCCCCGCACACGUACCAACGUUUUCUUUUUUUUUUUUGGCUGCCAAGACGACCUUUCCAGUUGGACCUUUCAUUUUGUUACUCGGAAAACAGACAAAAGUUGCACUAUUUUAUUUUCUCCUUGUUGUUUUUCAGUCAUGCACUACAAUCAAUCUUAUUUAUGGACACGGACAUGACAUGGACACAAACAUGGCCACAAAACAUGAACAUGUCAUGGACACAAACAGGACAUGGACACGGACACUAUAUGGACAUGGACGCGACAUGGACAUGGACACAACCAUGACACGGACAUGACAUGGACACAGACAUGGACAUGGACACAGACAUGGACACGACACCUACAUGGACACGACACCUACAUGGACACGACACCUACAUGGACACGGACACAACCAUGACACGGACAUGACAUGGACAUGGACACAACCAUGACAUGGACACGGACAUGACAUGGACAUAGACACCUACAUGGACACGGACAUGACAUGGACAUGACACCUACAUGGACACGGACAUGACGUGGACAUGGACACAACCAUGACAUGGACACGGACAUGACACCUACAUGGACACUGACAUGGAAACCGGACAUGACAUGGAUAUGGACACAACCAUGACAUAGACAUGGACAUGACACCUACAUGGACACGGACAUGGAAACCGGACAUGACAUGGACAUGGACACAACCAUGACACGGACAUGACAUGGACAUGGACACAACCAUGACACGGACAUGACAUGACAUGGACAUGGACACAACCAUGACACGAACAUGACAUGGACAUGGACACAACCAUGACACGGACAUGACAUGGACAUGGACACAACCAUGACAUGGACAUGGACACAACCAUGACAUGGACACAACCAUGACAUGGACAUGGACACAGCCAUGACACGGACACGGACAUGGACAUGGACAUGGACAUGGACACGGACAUGGACAUGGAAACAAACAUGACACGGACACAAACAUGGACAUGACAUGGACACAAACAUGGACACGGACAUGGACAUGAAUGGCCAUGGUUACUGAUGCCUUGGAAAGGAACAUUUCCAAAAAUGUUUUCUUUAUUUCUUCUUCUUUCCUUGCUGAACUUGAAAAGAACUUUUUACUGUAAGACUAAUAUCCAUAUAUAUAUAUAUAUAUAUAAAUAUAUAUACAGUAUAUAUAUUUACAGAAAUAUAUAUAUCAUGUCAGUGUAUAAAGUAUUUGGUUUUGGAUAUUUAUUACUGUCAACAUGAUAUUUACAGAUUGUUACCAUCUUUUUUCUCCCUUUGCUUUUUG